AUGGGCUGUUCCCCGUCAAGGCGGAAUAACUGCAGUGGAUCACAAGGACCACUUCAGAAAGACAAGACACUAUUGCCUGGGACCAAGGAAUUUCCAGCAGACUUACAGUGCAACAGAGCACAUGGAAACCCAAGCAGAGACAAAACAGCUUGUGAGAAGACAGCAGGAGACAAAAGACUGAACAUUUAUGCCACUACAGUUUCUGUUUUUUCUGGGAAGAAAAAUAUAGAAGAUGAACCAGCAAUAGCAACAAUUAACCCAGCAAAACUGGUCAUACAAGACAGUGUAAUUAAUUUAUCAUCCCAUACAAAAGAGAAACAUGGAGAAAAAACAGAUGAAAAGAAAAAUCAGAAAAGGGGUACAAGGAGGUCAAAAAUCGGGUUGAAAAAUACAAAUCAAAACAAAAAGAAAAAAGAAAAAAGAAGCACUGUUGAGGAAAAGGUGGAGUUUCCUGAGCCACUUGUGAAAGCCCACAAAGCAGCAUAUGAAUAUCUCAAUCCCAGUAUUGCUAGGUAUGAAAUAAUUUUGGGUUUACUAGAUCAUGCCACCCAGACGCAACUUUCUCUGCAACCCAUGGUGGCAUUCAUGGCCCUGCGCUAUGAGGAGAUAAAUCAAGGACUACAGGAAUUGGUUGACGAAGGGGAGAAGCUUUUAAAAGUAAAUGGUGAACAUUUGGCUUGGCCUUCCAAUAUGAAAAACCUUUCCUCAUCAAGAAGACCCACUUCCACUGAACCACCACCUGAUUUGUUACAACAGCUACUUCAGUACACUGUACAGAGAAUGCGUGUUGUCGGACACUCGGUGGGUAGGAUUGCAGAUGUAGUCCUUGAAGAAGCAAUCAGUUAUUUUUCAUCUAUAUGUGAAGUCCUGGAGGAGAAACUGAAGGCUAAACGUGCAGCUGACGCUAGCCUAAAGCAGUUGCUCACUAGGAUUGAAGCUGCCUCACUGCAGAGACCUGGGCCAGAGGAUUCAACAUUGUUCAGUGAAGACAGCGGCUUUGGGGCUGAGAGUGAGUCUCUGGCAGGGUUUGAUAGGCAGCACCGCCGCAGGGAAAGCAGUGAGUCAACAGCAUCCAGUCACACAAUUCCUCACAACCCUGGAGACUCAAUACUGAGCCCUCAGGGUUCACCUAGACAACAAUUCACAGAAAAUAUGAGCAAUAGCACAUCUCUCUCUACCCUAAACUCCACCUGUAUCAUUACAGGUAAAGAAUUACAGGACACAGAAUCUUUGUUUGGCUCUGCUUUCUUGGAUGAUGAUGUGGGAGAGGAAUUUCAAGAGGAAAAUGAAAAUGGAUGUGAUGAAGAACACUGCAAAGGUAAAACCAGGAUGCAAUCAAGCUUUUCUCUUCUCGACCACUGCCAUCAACCCUGGAACCUGCCUGUAAAGCGAAUAGAGAACCUGCAAAAUGUAGAAAUGACAUUAAAGAUGAAAGAUGCUAUCAGUGACCGAAUUCACUUUGUUCCCCCUCAACACUCUGAAGUGAAGGCAAAGAUUGGAAUCUCAAAGGUCAGUGACAAGCAGUGGACUGACGAGGGGGAGAGAACCCCCAAAAGGCCACAGUCGGCUACUCCUGAGUCCUCAAAGAAAAGGAUCAUAGUUACUAAACAGUGUCGUUCACAAUCAGCAGAAUCCCUUCGUAGUAAGGCUGAAGAUUCUACACUGCUUGAACUGGAAAGGACGCAAAAAGAACUAAACCAGAGACUGGCGAGAAUGAAAAAGGCCACAGGACAUAUAAAAAAAGAUAUUUACAAGCAAACACAAGGACAGCCAAUAUCAGCUGGUUCACCCAAUGUACCUGUUCAACUACGUCACGUGAACAGUAGACUCCCAUCUUCAAAUGGAAAGACAGUUAUUGUAAAAAUGGUUACAGAGAAUAAGGAUGUUGGGAAAGAAAUGAAGGAGGAAAAGAAGAGAAAAUAUAAAACUGUUAAGGGACACCUGAAGUCAACACCCACUCCAAGCCCACCACCAUCACCCCAACAAACCUUAGGACUGUUUAAGGGAGGAAAUUCAGUGAAAAAACUAAUCGACACCUUUAGUCAGAGGGUGGAGGAGACUAAUGACAGAGUAAAGGAUCUUGGAACUCUUAAAGGGAUCAGGAAGUGUGGCAUUCCUAUCAUUCCAGGGUUAGGGGGGGCAUUUACGUUUGUCUACAAUGAAAAUGACAACUCAGAUAACCAAAGGGAAUCUAGAAACUCUGAGAAAAUGGAGGAUAUUGACAUGAACAACCUCCCACCACCUGCUCUGGAGGUCCUGAUGGAUAAUUCCUUUGAAAAUGCAGAGGCCAGCAAAACAGAUGAGAGUAUAACCCGAAGGGGCCGUUCAACUUUUACAAAGAGGACUAGCAUGUCUCAAAGACUCUGUGCUUCUAUCCAGCCUGUUACAGUCCUGCCUAGCAAGGCAAAUAUGCAAAAAAGCUCUCUUAGUAUGUUGUCUUUUCAUAGUGUUCUCCAUGACCAUAAUGGAAUGGUUAAGAACAGCGACUUUGAUUCCAAAUCUAUGAUAGUUCUGGAGGACGGGGAGGUUGCAUCCCUUUACAAACAGGCUCGGAAAGUCAUCCACUUGCAACACUCCACUGACUCUCUGUCACUUCAAAAUGCAGCCGAAAAUGGCAAUUUCAAAUCUCCUCAUCAAAACAAUGUAGAAGAAAAAUGUACCCCUGAAACGGUGCCUUGCACUUCAGUAGCUGGAAGUAAACCACUUCCCAGUCUGCCUGUCUGCCUGUUUAUGGUUCCUUCAAGACAUAUUCCACAUCGUAGACUUCCUAGUCCCCCUGUAUUAAAAAAACAUGCAGUUCCCCAAAGCUUUUCAAGUUCACCAACAUUUCGCAAGCUUCCUACACCCCCAGCAGCUAAUCAACGGACACUUCCAGCUACACCUGCUGUGCAGCAAGAGGUCACUCCUGGCUCCAUGUCUGGAGUCACCUACCGCUUUAAGGGACCCUCUCCUCCUGCCUCACCAAAAGUGCAGCAAAUGUCUCAUGAGAACAGGACUGAGGACCUUCUUUCAAGAGGGCUUAGCAAUGCUCGUUCAGUGUUUUGUCCAGCCUCAUCGUCACUGUUUAAGGCACAGCCUUAUCCUGUACCUAAGCCUCCACAAGCAUGGACUUCCACUGGAAGCAACGUCCUCCCUCGCCCAUGGGGUGAGUGCUGCAAGCACCUUGUGUCUGUGCAAGGGCCCCAGUCUUUCAUCAGGCGCAGCCAAUCUGACAGGAGACCCAAUGCUCCAACCAGGGCACCAGGCAUGUCUAUUGCACAGACUUGUGGAAGUGAGCCUGCCAUUAGCACCCAGGGGUUAGAGCAUGAUCCAACCAGAGAGGGCAGGGCCUGGAAUGAGCCAACAGAACUCAGAAGAGCCACGCGAUCUGCCUCACACCCAGACCUGUGCAUCGUGGGUCAGGCCUUACAACGUGAAUAA